AUUUCGUACUUGACGCUGUAUCGCUCUAGCACAUUUGAAAAGGGGUGAUUAGCACUUUUAACGCUCAGUACAUGGCAGUGUUACGAUAAUACUCGUAACUUUGAUUUAUUGUACAUUAUUUUAUGAAAAAUAGAUACUUUAGUUGUUAUUAAGACGCCAUAACGAGACUAAAAGGUCUACUUAAAGCUUUUUAAACACUGCGCCCCCCCCUCCGUUAGGAGCGACAGUGGUAUGAUCCACAUGGCACGCUGCUGCUGAACAUGUGCUGUUUGUUGAUCUGAUAGCGCAAUGUCUACUUAUUGAGGGUUAAUGUGGUUAUUAUCCGGCUUGUCAGGUGAAGAGAGUGAGCUAAGUAUUUACGAUACAUCGCGUUCUUCAGAUAUUUUGUUCAGUUGAAUUACAGACAGUUCAUUUUCGGGAGAGAGGAAGCCGAGUUAGCCACGCGCGCGCCUGCAGGAUCAGGCAGGACAUUAAGGGACCCUGCUUUCAGCUGCUCCAGAUAAAAAGGAGAGGAACGACCGUUUACAGCUGCUGUAACGUAAGAGAGACCAGGAACUACAACCCCGGGGAAAUAUGAUGGAAUCACCACACUUAGAGGAUGUUUUUUACUCCGUAGCUAAUAAACAAAUCACGUUUGAGACAGUUUGUCUCUCUGAGGUGACCGCGGCACCGACACCAUGCGGAGGUGUAAGAACUGCGGUGGGACGGAUGUGGACGUGGACCAGGCUCGCGGUGACGCCGUGUGUAUGGGCUGCGGCUCCGUGCUCGAGGACAACAUCAUCGUCUCGGAGGUGACGUUCGUGGAGAACAGCUACGGAGCCUCGUCAGCGGUCGGCCAGUUCGUGGCCUCGGACUCUCAGGGCAAUGUCCCGUCUCUGGGUGGAAACUUAACGGGGAUGGGAAAAGAGUCCAGAGCACAGACGUUACAGAACGCGAAGAGGAAUAUAAAUCACCUGGGCCACCAGCUGCAGAUGAACCAGCACUGCCUGGACACGGCCUUCAACUUCUACAAGAUGGCGCUGUGUAAACGCCUGACCCGAGGGAGGAAGUCGGCCCACGUCAUCGCCGCCUGCCUCUACCUGGUGUGCAGGACGGAGGGCACGCCCCACAUGCUGUUGGAUCUUAGCGAUCUGCUGCAGGUCAAUGUGUACGUGCUGGGAAGAACGUUCCUGGUGUUGGCUAGAGAACUCUGCAUCAACGCUCCAGCCAUAGAUCCGUGUCUGUACAUCCCCCGCUUCGCCCACAUGUUGGAGUUUGGCGAGAAGAGCCACGAGGUGUCCAUGACGGCGCUGAGACUCGUACAGAGGAUGAAGAGGGACUGGAUGCACACGGGACGAAGGCCUUCAGGGCUCUGUGGAGCAGCUCUGCUGGUCGCCGCACGUAUGCAUGAGUUCCGUCGCACCAUCAAAGACGUGAUCGGUGUUGUUAAAGUGUGUGAGGCCACGCUGAGGAAGAGGCUGAGUGAGUUUGAGGACACGCCCACCAGCGAGCUGACCAUUGACGAGUUCAUGAGGGUGGAUCUGGAUCAGGAAUGUGACCCGCCCUCUUUUAAAGACGGACAGAGGAAGCUCCGGCUGCAGAAGAUCGAGGAGGAACUGGCUAAGAAGAUCGACGACGUUCAGGGUGAAAUCUCUGGCUAUCAGGACGAGAUUGAAAUGGAGCUGGAGAACAGUCGACCAAAAUCCAGAGGGAUCUUUGCAGCUUAUGCAAAAAAUGACGACGCCGUCUCUGUGACGUCAUCCAGCGUGCACGAUCUUGACGACGAGGGCGAGGAUGAAGACCUGCGCGUGGCGGCGUCUCACCUGAGCAAAGACCUGCCCGGCGUCAGCGACGGAGAGGAGCAGUGCGAUGAUGAGCGACAGGAAGCGAGAGAGGAAGAGCGAGACUCUCAGCCCAAGCGUCCGUCUCUGGAGGCUCUGCUCGGGCCGCUGCCCACCGCCGCCAGCCUCGGCCUGUCCGACUCCAUCCACAAGUGCGUGGGAGAGGAGAAGGAGAACGAGAACGAGCAGACGGCGGACGGCGGUGAGCUGGACCUGAGCGGGAUCGACGAUGACGAGCUCGAGUGGUACAUCCUCAAUGAGAAGGAGGUGAAGAUUAAAACUGAGCUCUGGAUGCUGGAGAACGCAGACUACCUCAAAGAACAGAAAGAAAAGGAGGAGAGAAUAGCGAAGGAGAAAGAGCUGGGUAUCUACAAGGAGAAAAAGCCGAGGAAACGGGCUCAGAGACGAGCACCGAUCAACGCCAGCACGGCUGACGAGGCCAUUGAGAAGAUGCUGGAGCAGAAACGGAUCUCCAGUAAGAUCAACUACGACGUCCUGAAGGACCUGAACCGCUCGAGCGUGAAGAGCCCGCCGCCCGAGCCGAAGGAGUCUCCGGGCCGCGCCACGCAGAGGAGGACACCGUCAGCGCGCCCCCGCAAAGCCAACGAGCUCUCGGCCAGUCUGGCAACGCCGGCCAGCAACUUCGGCAAGAGGUUACGGCCACUGAUCUCGGCACAGCC